GUGAUGACGUACUCUGUACGCAGCGCUCUGGCUCUCGGAAGAGAGGAGGCAGGUUAGCUUUCAGAAAACCGGACUAAAAUGAUGCAGAAAACGAGUGUUUAGAUUCUGUGUAAACAUGGAGACCGAUGCGAACUCCUUCCACGUGGAGUUCCCGGAUUUUUCCUGCUCGCUCCUGAAGAAGCUGAACCAGCAGCGGCAGAGAGGGCAGCUGUGUGACCUCAUCGUGUCCAUCGGCGGGCAUCAGUUUCGCGCCCACCGUGCGGUUCUGGCCGCCAGCUCUCCGUACUUCUGCGAUCAGGUGCUGCUGAAGAACAGCGCCCGCGUGGUGCUGCCGGACGUCAUGCAUCCGUGCGUUUUCGAGCAGCUCCUGUUGUCGUGCUACACGGGAGGGCUUUCGGUGCCGUCCGGAGAGGUGGUUGCUUUCUUAACAGCCGCGAGCUUCCUGCAAAUGUGGCAUGUGGUAGACAAAUGCACUGAGCUUCUGGAAGUAGGGAAGAAACACCGGAUGGAGCAUGGAUCAUCUCCAAAAGGUGAUGGUUAUGCCACUGAUAAUGAGGAUGCUGGUCAGGCUGCAGGUCGAGGAGAAGAUCUAGCCGAUCAAGGGCCAGGCACAUUAGAAAGCGCUGGUUGUUCAUCUCCAGAUGAUCCGAGCAGUGAAAAUGGCUCGGAUGCAAUAGAAAGCCAGUGCUCUAGACCGGCCUAUGUGCCGCCGAGCAUAAUGGGACACAGAAAGAAGGUGCAUGUAAAAGUAGAAAGGCAGAAUCGAGAUGCAUGCGAUGGCGUGUUUGGCGGCGAGCACGCCGUAAACGAUCCAGACCAAAACUCUCACAAUCCCAACACAGCAGAGGAUAGUUUUGAUGAGAAACUGGUGGAGUGCUUGGAUCGAGAUUGCACCUACGAAGAGCCCUUGGACUUCUACGGGACCUCCGUGGAGGGCUUUUCGCAAGCCUCGGACGAGCUUUCCAACCCAAUGCUCGAAGGAGGUUCAGAUGUUUCUAAAGAUGAGACGCCGGAUGACAGCGGCCUAAAGGAGCAGACCUCGCACUCAGGCUUCGCUUCGGUGGUUUACAAGCUCUAUCCGUGCCAGUGUGGUAAAAGUUUCACACACAAAAGCCAGAGGGACCGGCACAUGAGCAUGCAUCUGGGUCUGAGGCCAUUCGGAUGUGCCGUUUGUGGCAAAAGCUUCAAGAUGAAGCAUCACCUGGUGGGCCACAUGAAGAUCCACACGGGCAUCAAACCCUACGAGUGCAGCCUGUGCUCCAAACGCUUCAUGUGGAGAGACAGCUUCAACCGACAUACCUCCACGUGUGCACGGGCCCAUCAGAGCCGACGGGCCUCCCAGACCGUUUGAGAAACCUCAGCCUAGAAGCAUCCUUCACCUGAAUGCCAAACUAGCCAGUGUAAGAUUAUUCUAAACAAGCACCUCAAUUUUCAACUGAAGCCUUUCUGUCCGGUUUGUUCAGGUGUGACCUACUGGUCAAAAGUUUGGAAUAAUUACAUUUUUUUUAUGUUUUUAGAAGAAGUUUCUUCUGCUCACCAAGGGCUGCAUUUAUUUAUAAAAAAAAAAUACAGUAAAAUUAGUAACAUUGUGAGAUAUUAUUAUGAUUUAAAACAACAGUUUUUUUUUAUUUUAAAGCUGCGGUCGGUAACUUUUGACGCUCUAGCGGUUAAUAAACAGAACUGCUUGCGUCUUGCGGAAGAACAUCGUAGCCGGAACUACUUCUCUCUGUUUAUGUCUAUGAAGAAUCACAAAGGUACUGGGUUACUCCGCCGCGGUGCCCCCGAAGCAAUCUAAAAUAGUCCGAAUAUAAACACUUAUUAUAGGUGCACCCUAGUGAUUCAGGACAAGCUAAAAACACGGUUUGGAAAAUGGAUUCAUGGUGUACUCGCUUAUUAUGUUCAUUUUUCUACAUUUUGAACACAAAGUUACGGAGCGCAGCUCUGAUUGGUUGUUUCUUACCGGGAGCGAUCUGUUUCUGCAAAUGGCAAUAGGACACUGGGAGGAGCCAGAGGAGCUUGAUUUUUUCACAGAUUAUCUGUCUCAUAUUCUACUGUCAGAACAUAAUGACAGGUUUAACAAAUAUGUAAAAAAAUAUAUUUUUACAAAAUUUACCUACUGCAGCUUUAAUGUAUAUUAAAAUAGAAUAUAUUCUUGUGAUCAAAGCUGAAUUUUCAGCAUCAUUUCAGCAUCUUCAGUGUCACAUGAUCUUCAGAAAUCGUAAGAAACAAUACUUGUAAUUGAGCAUCAAUAAUAACUGAUAAUAACUAAGCAGUAAAUCAGCAUAUGAGAAAGGAUCAUGUGACACUGAAGAAUGGAGUAAUGAUGCUGAAAAUACAGUAAAAAAUGACAUUUAAAAAUAUAUUCAAAUGAAAAAAAGUUGUUUUAAAUUGUAAUAAUUUCAUCCUUUUUUUUACUGUAUUAUUGAUCAAAUAAAUGCAGCCAUGGUGAACAGUAGAGACUUCUUUAAAACAACACGUAAAAAAAAUGAAUAUUAUUAACUUUUGACCGGAAGUCUCUGCACAUGCAAUGAGGUAAAGUCAACAUGAAGUCAAACAUGUCUCCUCUUAAUAGAUGUUAUUCUAGUAAAAUGCCAUUUUAUGUUGACUUCAGUGUCCUUAAUGUGAUUAGUAUAUCUGAAGGAACAAAUAUGACCACAUUCUACACAAGAGCCUCAAAUGCUGUCAAAAUAUUCAGGUUUAAAGACUCACUAAGCGCUUUGGAGUUAAAACAAGGUUUAUCUUAUGUAAAUAGAAAUAUUCUCCAAUGCAGCAUUAUGCUGGAUUUGAUUUGCUUUGGUUGAGCUGGAUUCUAUUUCAGAUCUCUGUUGCUAGAGCAUUUCCAAUAGGAUUUCACAGAGAACGGUUCCUGUUUCAGCUGCUACAGUAAUCUAUUCGAAUCCAUUUCAUCCUCUAAAAGUCAACAGAUUCAUAAGGAGGAUUUUGAAAGGAAAGAGUUAAUAAAUGACAUUGACAUUUCCAUCUCCUUCUGUGAACAGUAUUCUUCAGUAUGUGUUUUUUUAGAAUGUGCCAUAAUUGUAAAAUAUUAUAAAUGUCAUCUCUAAAUGGGAGAAUCUCUCAAAAAACAAGUCCAAGUCAUAUUUCACAAACACAGAAAAAAGAAAAAGCAUAAAGAUACUGAAUCCUUCUUUAGCACAUUUACUAUUUUAAUUAGUUUUACUGUUUAGUUUGUUUGUAAUUCUCUGUGUUUUAAAUGGGGAUUCUCAUUAUUGUCUUAUUACUUUAAUACAGUAAUUAGAUUAAUCCUUUUUACUGUCACAAUUUUGAAUUAAAGUUUUGGUAAUGAAAAAGGUUUUAUUUUCUUUAUGCAAAAUAUAACUUCAUAUUCCCAUUAAUGAAUGCAUUUCUUUUUUAUAUUUUGGGGAUAACAUUUUUUUCUUGAUGGGUUUGUGAAAUUCAGUUGUAUUUACAUUAUACCAUUUUUUAAUUUAAAGUAAAAAAGUAAAAUUAAAGUGGAUUUAAAAGAGGAAUAUCAAAGCACAGCCACAUGUAAAUAUCAAAUAUUAAUGAAAUGAAUCGGAGAACACAUUUUUAUUAUUUUAGUUCACGAAGACAUUUCAUGCAAGUAUCAAAAGAGCACAAAAAGCAGACUAUAACAAAGUGAAAGGGCUGUAAAACAAUUGUAGAAAAGCAGCUGGGUGUUUACUUGUAUUCUUUUCUGAAUCUGAUGUACAGAAUGUGCCAUGCUAUUACGAUGUGUUUGUGAAUUAACUGCAAACCUCAGUUACAACGAUACCUCAGACGCUGUGGUAUUCAGUAGUUUAAGAUGGUGCAUGGAAUUUAAUUAGAACAAAAUGUAAGCUUAUUUUAUUAUAGUUUUACAGUAGAUCAAAAAUAAAAAAAUAGGGCUUUUCUUAGAAUAUUGAAUUAUAUCUGAAAGUGAAAGAUUUCAAACAUGUAGUUUCGGCAAUCGCCAAUUAUUGGUAAGUUGUACUGUAGUAUGUAAAAAGUGUUUGUUAUUUUAACUAUGAAUGUGCAAAUAUCGAUAUGCCUCAAACAUAACAAACAAAUGACAAUCAUGUAGGCAGAAACAGAACAUGUGAAAGUUAAGUAAUCAGUAUCGUUAAAAAUCACCUGUCAGUAGUCAAAUAUAUUUAUGGAAAAUAAAUUCAACCAUGAAUUUAUAUAUAUAUGAAAAGUGACCAAAUGUUCUUAGUUUAUAGGCAGACCUUUAGGAUGCUGGACGGAUCACUACCUCAUCAGGACUGUUUAUCAGAGCACGACUAGUUUAUCACAAAACCUUUCUUUGCAGACGGCACCAAUUACCACUUACACUUCUGUUGUGUUUUCUUCUUAUAGAAGAACUUUGUGAAAAUGUGUGAGAUUUGUAUAAAAAUGUGUUUAGCAAUAAAUGUUUUAUUUGUACUGGA